ACAGCUCUAUGACCAAACUUUGGAACCUGAGCUAGGAGAUCGGGUCUCCAGGGCCAGGCGAGCAGCAGUCCCUGCUCGCCCCACUUUGGUGCUGCUCUGGCAGGUGAGGUCUGUGGCCAUGAAUCCUGCGCAGAUCCUUUAUGGUUCCUGAAAUAUGGCCAACAAGAGAGUCCUGGGCACUCGGCUGAGAGGUGAUGACUCUAAGCACAGCAGAAGAGACUUGGAUCAACUCAAAUUGUUGGUGUGCAGUGAAGGAUGAAGAAGAACUUCCUGAACCAAGCAUUUCUCUUGGAGCACCAUAUGUUAACACUCCAAAGGCAGCUUCUUUCUUCACACAGACAACUUACCCUUGUGACGUAUGUGGCCCCAUUUUGAAUGGUCUUUUGGAUGUGGAUGAACACGAAGGAACACAGACUGCACUUAUAACAUGUUCAUGCAGGGCAUGUGAGAAACAGUUCUGGUUAAGUGAAAGCUUUUGCCAGAACCUGAAGCAUAACACUGUAGAGAAUUCUUCACAAAAUUAUCAAGGUGAAGCCUCAUUAGUUAAGAAUUUCAAAGGUCAUGUAGAGCCUUACUCUUCAGAGAAGCCUUCUGCGUUUGAGGUGGAGCAGAGGGACCUUCAGGACAGUCCGCUUGGUCCCCAACGAAAGGUCACCUAUAGCCAGAAGAUAGCAGGGAGCAAUGAGAAUGAAGACAACUUUCAUGUUGGACAAAUGCAUUAUAAGUGUAGUGAGUGUGGGAAAGGUUUUAACCGCAAAGAUACCCUGGUGCAGCACCAGAGGAUCCACAGUGGAGAAAAGCCUUUUGAGUGCAGGGAAUGUGGGAAAGCCUUCAGCCGCAAAGCCACACUCGUCCAGCACCAGAGGAUCCACACUGGAGAAAGACCGUAUGAGUGUGGUGAAUGUGGAAAAGCCUUCAGCCGCAAAGACAACCUCGCUCAGCACAGGAGAAUCCACACUGGAGAAAUGCCGUACAGGUGCACUGAAUGUGGGAAAUACUUUAGCCAUCACUCCAACCUCAUAGUACACCAGCGAGUUCACAGUGAAUUGAGGCCUUAUAAGUGCAGUGAUUGUGGGAAAGUAUUCAGACACAAAUCUACACUUGUUCAGCAUGCAAGUAUCCACACUGGAGAAAACCCUUAUGAUUGCAGUGCUUGUGGGAAAUCCUUUGGGCACAGAUACACCCUCAUUAAACAUCAGAGAAUUCACACCCAGACAAAGCCUUUUGAAUGCACUGAAUGUGGGAAGCUUUUCAGUAGAAGCUCUGAUUUUAUAGUACACCAAAGGGUUCACACUGGGGAAAGGCCUUUUGUGUGCAGCAAGUGUGGGAAAGAUUUCAUCCGAACCUCCCACCUUGUUCGGCACCAGAAAGUUCACUCUGGAGAAAGACCAUAUGAGUGCGGCGAGUGUGGGAAAGCCUACAGUUUAAGCUCCCACCUGAAUCGGCACCAAAAGAUCCACGCAGCCGGGAGACUGUAGCAGUGCUUGCUACACAGUGUUCAGAUAGAGCUAUGUUAUACUUUCUGACCAGCUCAAGUAACUUGCCAGCGUUCUUUCACUCAGUGCAUAUGGCUGAAAUCACUUGAACUCUUCCAUCUUGGUCUUUCCAACAUCCUCUGGAAAGAAAACUUAUUUACUUAGCCCAGUCCCUGUGAUAAUUGUGAAGCACACGUGAUAACAGUAAGAUUUCCCUCUCUGUCAUAACUGACUGGUAGACAUGGAUUCAGCCAAGAUGGUCUGAGAUGUGCUUUUAUUUGGCUUGCAAAGAUAAUUUACUUCAUGGAUGUUUUUGUGUGAAAUAUUUUUAUUUGUUGAUUUGAGACAGUACUGUUAUUUGGCCUAAGCUAGCCUUGAACUUCCCUUUCCUCAGUUUCUUAGUAGCUGAGAGUUUAGACAUGUGUCAUUAUCCCGAGCUCUUUAUGAACUUUGUAACGUACUAUUUUUUUCCCAUCUUUUAUGUUAUCCAGCCAGAACAAUUACUUUUCUCCUAUUAUUCUGCUUUCCAAUGAAAAUUGCCUUAGAAUUGUGACUUUUAGUCUUAGGGAGGGUAGAGUGUAUUGAAAACAGUUAGGAUUUGACAAACUAAAGAGGUAAACAGUCCUGUAUUUUAAUAGGACAGCGAGUUACUGGAGAGCAAUUCUUAAUCCAGUUAUGGUGUUACCUUGUAUUGUUGAAAAAAGCUUCAUGGAUAAUAAUUUCAAGUAUUUGGAGGAUCUGACUUGACUGGAUUUCAGAGUUAUUUGAAGGAACACAAACUGGUUUUGCAAAAACUUGCCAUGUGCUUGAGAGCAGAAUGCAUCAUUUGCCUCAUUUCUGGUGUAUGUGCUAUCUCCUUGCACAAUUGAGGAGACCUAUAUGGCUGUAUUCUCUGGGGUUAGGAUUGGGAUAUAUGCUACCAUAUAUAUAACCCAAAGUGCUGCUAAACAAUAGUAUGGAAAUAGUGAAUGUGAAUAUUUGGAAUUACAGAUUAAUUUUAAUUAACUACAGGGGAAAUUCUUUUUUUGAAUUUUUAUUUUUGGUAAGAACAUUCUUAAAUGUUCUAUUCAUGAUAGCUGUGUAGGAUAAGAAGAUUUGUAGAAUUCUUCAGGAUAAAGUGCUGUACCACUUAGAACCAAGGUUAUUAAUUCAACAUAGAUUUUUUUUUCUGGAUUCCUAUGCCUUCCUGAGAUCUUUGCCAAAUGUCUUUGCUUUAUAGGUAGUAACCCCAAGAGAAGAGUGAUAUGAUUCAAAAACAUAACUUUUGUGAGUUGCCAGAAUUCUUGGUUAUAGAGGAAAUGUCCUUUGUUGCUUACAACUGGGGAGAUGGAUUCCUAAGGCAUGUGCAGUGAUAUGGUAGAAUUACUAUAUUAAUAUCCGCUUGUUUGAUUUUACAGUAGAAGUAGGUGGUCUAGAAAAUUAUUUUAAUUAUUUUUAGGCUUUAUGGAGUAUAAUCAGCAUACUCGAUCUAUACUGUGUAGUUUGAUAUAUGUGUGCAUACUGUAAAGCCGCUCUAGCAGUGAUGUUGAUCAUACCUCAGAGUUCUAAAUUUACCUUCAGGAUUCUUCUCAAUAUCCUUCUUCAUGCUCUUCACUCAAUUCCUAGGCAGCCACGAAUUUUACUGUAUAUAUGUUCUUCAAGAGGUUAUAUGUCAACGUGACUACCAAGUGUUUAUGUACAUUUUGUCUUCUGUUUGUCUGAAUAGCUAAUUUGACAUGUGUUUGUGUCAUGUGUGUAAAUAGCUUAUUUAUUAUUGACUACUGGAAAUAUAGAUUUACUACAAUUACUUGAACUGGGCGGUGGUGGCGCACGCCUUUAAUCCCAGCACUUGGGGGGCAGAGGCAGGCGGAUCUCUGAGUUCGAGACUAGAGCUAGUUCCAGGACAGGCUCCAAAACCACAGAGAAACCCUGUCUCGAAAAACCAAAAAAAAAAAAAAAAAAAAAAAAAAAAAAAAAAAAAAAAAAAAAAAUACAAUUACUUGAUUAUCAUAUAGGUAUGGGAGAAUUGUCUGUAUUCUGUCAAUCAUGUUAUAAAUGAGAAAAGGAGAAUUCUGGAAAGGAGGAAGUUGAUUCCUCCCUCUCCUGCCCAGAUCACCAAAGCAGCAAGAUGUGAUCUGCUCCACUGAAAAAGGUACUGAGUCACAUGGCUCACAUAGAUCAGAAAAAUGGGUUAAUCAAGAUGUGAGAGUUAGCCAGUGAGAGGCUAGAGCUAAUGGGCCAAUCAGCUUAUAAUUUAUGGAGACCUAUGUGUGAUUUUCUUUGGGGCUAAACAGUUGUGGGGUAUCAGGCGAGACAGAAACCACAACAAGCAGCCUGGCCAGCCUUCAUGCUACAGACCCGUUGCUGUAACAACAAACAAGCCAGGUCCCCAUGCAUGUUACAUCAUAUUUGUCAUUUUUCUUGCUCCGUUUUCUAAAUAUUAAAAACAAUUAUUACCAUUUGAACUUCUUCUGUUGAGAAUUCCCUGUUCAGUUCAGUGUGGCCAAAAGACACUUAAGGUCAUGCUCAACCUCCUUAGCGAUCAGGGAAAUGCAAAUCAAAACAGCUUUGAGAUAUCAUCUUACACCUGUCAGAAUGGCUAAAAUCAAAAACACCAAUGAUAACCUUUGCUGGAGAGGAUGUGGAGUAAGGGGUACACUCAUCCAUUGCUGGUGGGAAUGCAAACUUGUGCAACCACUUUGGAAAGCAGUGUGGCGGUUUCUCAGGAAAUGUGGGAUCAACUUACCCCAGGAUCCAGCAAUACCACUCUUGGGAAUAUACCCAAGAGAUGCCCAAUCAUACUACAAAAGCAUUUGUUCAGCUCUGCUCAUAGCAGCAUUAUUUGUAAUAGCUAGAACCUGGAAACAACCUAGAUGCCCUUCAAUGAAAGAAUGGAUAAAGAAAGUGUGGAAUAUAUACAUAUUAGAGUACUACUCAGCGGUAAAAAAACAAUGACAUCUUGAAUUUUGCAUGCAAAUGGAUGGAAAUAGAAAACACUAUCCUGAGUGAGGUAACACAGAUCCAAAAAGAUGAACAUGAGAUGUACUCACUCAUAAUUGGUUUCUAGUCAUAAACAAAGGACAUUGAGCCUAUAAUUUGUGAUCCUAGAGAAGCUAAAUAAGAAGGUGAACCCAAAGAAAAACAUAUAGUUAUCCUCCUAGAUAUUGGCAGUCGACAAGGUUGCCAGGCAA